AGAAGGAUGUCAAGUGAAGCGCGAUUAUGAUUACGGUAUCAGGUGCAACGUUGUGUCAUCAAAAAAUAAUGAAGUGUUUAAAACAAAAUAAAUAUUGUGAUAAAUAAUGUGAAUAAAAAAGGAUUAAAAAUGAAAAUAAAAUAAUGUUCAUUGAAAAAUAAAAAAAAAUCAAACCAACACAGUGUUUUGACAACAAUUAUCUGGCAUAAUAAUGGCCACCAGUCGUGGUAAUCGGCCCGUACAACAUAAAAACUUCACAUCAAAUAUAUUCUCAAAAUUGCAUGGUGCAUUUUCCGAUGUAAUGACACAACCGAAAUUAGCAACCGAUAAACGUACAUUAGAUAAAACGUGGAAAUUAAUGGAUAAAGUUGUAAAAUUAUGUCAACAUCAAAAGAUGAAUUUAAAGAAUUCACCACCGUUUAUUUUAGAUAUAUUACCUGAUACUUAUCAACGAUUACGUUUAAUUUAUUCGAAAUAUGAGGAUCGAAUGGCUGUGCUACAUUCGAACGAACAUUUUAACAUAUUUAUUAUAAACUUAAUGCGAAAAUGUAAACAAGCAAUUAAAUUGUUUAAAGAAGGUAAAGAGAAAAUGUUCGAUGAAAAUUCACAUUAUAGACGUAAUUUAACAAAACUCAGUUUAGUGUUUAGUCAUAUGUUAAGUGAAUUAAAAGCAAUUUUCCCAAGUGGUGUUUUUACUGGUGAUCAAUUUCGUAUCACGAAAUCGGAUGCUGCUGAAUUUUGGAAAAAUAACUUUGGAAAUAGUACACUGGUACCUUGGAAAUUAUUCCGACAGCAACUUAAUUUAGUACAUCCAAUCAGUUCUGGGCUUGAGGCGAUGGCGUUAAAAUCAACCAUUGAUUUAACGUGUAAUGAUUAUAUCUCAAAUUUUGAAUUUGAUGUCUUUACGAGGUUGUUUCAACCCUGGGGUACAUUAUUAAGAAAUUGGCAAAUACUUGCUGUAACACAUCCAGGAUAUGUUGCGUUUUUAACAUAUGAUGAAGUUAAAGCAAGAUUGCAAAAAUAUAUUCAUAAAGCUGGUAGUUAUGUAUUUAGACUGUCGUGUACACGUUUAGGACAAUGGGCAAUUGGUUAUGUGACGGCUGAAGGUGAAAUCUUACAAACGAUACCUCAAAAUAAAAGUUUGUGUCAAGCGUUAUUGGAUGGAUAUAGAGAAGGCUUUUACUUGUAUCCAGAUGGAAGAGCAUUAAAUCCAGAUUUAUCGUGGGCGGUACAGCCAAGUCCGGAAGAUCACAUUUCCGUCACACAAGAACAAUAUGAACUAUAUUGUGAAAUGGGUAGUACAUUUCAAUUAUGUAAAAUAUGUGCAGAAAAUGAUAAAGAUAUUCGUAUUGAACCGUGUGGUCAUUUAUUAUGUACACCAUGUUUAACAUCGUGGCAAAUUGAUUCUGAAGGUCAAGGAUGUCCAUUCUGUAGAGCAGAAAUCAAAGGCACUGAACAAAUAGUUGUUGAUCCAUUUGAUCCAAAACGAUCGAUGGCACGAUCAAAAAUGACAGCAAACGCAUCACUGGGAUGUAACAACACAUCAAAUUCAGUUGACGAUGAUGAUUUAGAUUUAGAGGAUAAUGGUGAAUUUUGGAAUUGUGCAGGAAGUAGCUUACAGGCUCUAGCAUUAUCACCAAGAUCGGAUUUAUCGACUGUUCCUAGUCCAAUGAUAUCACCGCGAGCUAGUCCACGCCCAACACGACGAAGUAUUACACCAACUGUGUCAAAUAUAAUUGCUGGACCACCUCCCUUACCACCACGAAAAAGUUCGCCCACAGUUGAACAAAAUCCACCCAUUAAUUUAAUACAAAAUCAUCGCAGUGUACCAGCACCUCCUAUAGAUAACCAUGUACCUCCACCAAGACCACCUGCACAUAAUAUAAUACAAGAUCCAAAUACAAGUAAUAGUAAUAGUAACAUGUAUUCGACACCAACGCCAAUUUUAGAAAAACAGACGAGUACUACAAGUGGGAGUAGUACUAGUACCACCAGUGAUGAUAUAUUAAAUUGUCAACCAAGUACAAGUCGAAUAGAAUUAAGUAGUCCAGAAACAAUAUAUGGGGUAAUUGAUACACGGUAUGAUGUGAAUCAAUUCUCCGCAGACACAUCAUCAGUACCUGUUGUUCCAUCCACCACACAACAUAUUCGACAUAGAUCAUGUCCACAAAUACCUAUCAGUUUAAAUUCUCGUCAAACAACUUCAACAUCGUCAACUACAACACCUGUUAAAUCAAGCACAAUAUCUACAUUUCGUGAUAGUUUAAAUAUAAUUGAUUGUGAGCUAAGUAAUAUCAGUGAAGAACCACCUUAUGAAAAUAUUAAAGUUGAAUUACCACCGAAAAAAAUUGAAACACGAAAAUUUUUAGUGAAUCCAUUAAAUGAUGUUAGUUCUGUAUCAUAUGCUAAUUUAAAUAUUGAUUAUAUUAAAAAAUUAGUAUCGGAAGGGUAUUCGAAGGAUGUUGUCAUACGUGCUUUAGGUAUAACUAGAAAUAAUAUUGACAUGGCUGGUGAUAUUCUACAUGAAUUUGCUACAAAAAAUUCUUAAUAAAAUUUAUUAUGUUUAAACAAAUUCAGAUGAUUUAUAAUAAGUGCAAGUCUGUUCAUUUAGUAGGAGAGUUGGCAUUACGUUAAAAAGAAUAGACCUCGAUUCCCAAAAAAUAAUAAAUAAAAGAUGAGUGUGUUGUGUAUUGGUUUUUUUUCCAGACUAUUACCAGAGGGUUUUGCAGGUCAAAUAAUAGAGCGCUGAAUUUUUUGAACCACGUUAGUUUCAUUAUUGAUUUUUAGUUUAUCAAUAAAUACCCCGAAUCUCCUUAUUAUUAUGUAUUUUCUCUCGAAUAAUAUUUUUUUACGCCAAAUAUUUUGUAAAGAUAAAAUUAUUAUAGUUUGCCG